AUGGAGAAGGAAAUCAAAUUCAAACUAAAAAUCCCAAAAUUUUUCACUUCUUGCAAAACCCAAAACCUAUCUGAAGUUAUUGAUCAUCAAAAUCCAAUCUUUACCCAAGAAAAUACUCUUUUUCUUCAAUCUCCAUUGAUAGAAAGAGCUAAAAAUGAAGCUAACCCUUUUAAUUCCCCUGUUUUAAGACCCAAACAAACACCAUCAUGUUCCUCAAUGAUGCAUUGUAAACCUAGAUGCCCUGAAACUUUUGACCAAAUGGUUAGAGAAAAUUGUAUUAUUUCUGGCAAUCCUUUUUCUUGCCGGAAAUUAGCCGGAAAAUACACAAUAUUGUCACCUUCUAUGCAAGUUUCCGGUGGCCGGCGUUGUCCUCCUGCUUCCCCUGCUUUUCCUCUGUUUUCUCAAAAACAGGGGAGAAAAACAAAGAAAAAGAAAAAUAAAAAUACCCAGUUCAUAAAUUUGAAGAAGAAUGCAAACCCUAAUCAAUUCAUAUACUCUUCUUCGAAUGAAACUGAAAAUGGUGCUUGGUUUAGUAGUGAUGAUGAAAGGGAAGGGGAGGAAAAGGAGACUUUAUUCUCUUUAAAGUCUAUGUCUUUUUCCUCUAAAUCAAUCUCUUUUUCUUCUGAUUCUGAUCAUUCAAACUUGACCCAGACCCGGACCCGAACCCGGGGUAGACCCAGAACCAGAAGGGCAAGGCCCAAGAGAGAAGAAAAGGUAAUGGUUGAAGUUGGAGGGGUGGCAAUGGAGGGUGAUGUAAAGGAUACAUAUGCAGUGGUGAAGAGUUCAAGUGAUCCUUACAAUGAUUUUAGGACAUCAAUGGAGGAAAUGAUAAUUGAGAAGCAAAUAUUUGGAGCUAAAGAAUUGGAAGAGCUUUUACAUUGUUUUCUUUCUUUGAAUUCUCCUUAUCAUCAUAGUGUUAUUCUUGAUGUUUUUACAGAGAUUUGGGAUUCUCUUUUUUCUUAUUGUUUUAGCAUUCACAAUGUUAUAGCAGCAGGGUGGAACUGUGAUGGUUUAGCGUUAGGAUAA